UAAAUAAAAUGAAGAAGAAAAAGAGGAAGAAACAAAAACAAAAAGCAGCAGACAUACCUGCUUUUGACACCUCUGUGAUCUCCGUAAGCUCUCAGACCCAAAAUCAUGGUGCAUUUUACCAGCGAGGAGAAGGCUGCUAUUGCUAAUGUAUGGGGCAAAGUAAACGUGGAAGAGGCUGGAGGCGAGGCGCUGGGCAGGCUCCUGGUCGUCUAUCCCUGGACCCAGAGGUUCUUUGACAACUUUGGCAACCUGUCCUCUGCUUCUGCCAUAAUGGGCAACCCAAAGGUCAAAGCACAUGGCAAGAAGGUGCUGACCUCCUUUGGAGAUGCUAUUAAGAACAUGGACAACCUCAAGGGUGCUUUUUCUAAGCUGAGUGAGCUGCACUGUGACAAACUGCAUGUGGAUCCUGAGAACUUCAGGCUCCUGGGCAAUGUGUUGGUGAUUAUUCUGGCUUCUCAUUUUGGCAAGGAAUUCACCCCUGAAGUGCAGGCUGCUUGGCAGAAGCUGGUGGCGGGUGUUGCCACUGCCCUGGCCCACAAGUACCACUGAGUCCUCUUUCCAGUUCACC